AUGAGCAAUUUGCUGUCACUCCAGGUUCCGUGGACAGAUCUUCGUUAUCUGUUUGGUGAGAUCAUGUAUGGUGGACAUAUUACCGAUGAUUGGGAUAGAAGACUUUGUCGUACUUACCUUGAAGAAUACAUGAAAGCUGAAAUGGUCAGUAUUCUAUUUUACCAAACUGACUUUGUUUUAGCCUGCGAACAAUCUAUAACAGAAAUUCGUUUCUGUAGACUGUUCGCAUGCUAACUUUGUUUUAGCUAUAUCUCUGUCAAUUCAAGCUUGAUCUAAACUGCUCUCUACAGAGGUCCACUACGGAUCACCCUUUAUAUAAAUUAUAUGUCUAUAGUGUUACUACAGGAGGAAAGCUAAACUAAACUAAACUAAACUAAACUAAACUAAACUAAACUAAAUAUAAUAGCAUUAUUUAUUCUAGAUAACUCUAUUGGUUAUGCCUAAACUGUUCUCCCUAGAGAUCCAGUGAAGGUCAUUCCUCAUAGAUCUAGUGUUACUACACGGGGAGACCUGGACUAAUUUUAUUGAGGAUAUAUGGCUCUAGCUGUUAUGAAAAUUUCUGUGAUCACAGUAGGAAUUUUGCAUGGGUAAAUUCUAGGUUUUGAAUGAUUUGUAAGAAAUUUUUGAGGGAAAUGACUCAUUGUUUUUCAUUUCAAGCAUUUCUUACAAAUCUUUCAAAACCUAGAAGAAUGUACCUAGUGCAAAUUCCUACUGUCGUCACAGAAACUUUGAUAGUGUAACCCAGCCAUUAGAAGACAUAACAUUCUCCAUUCUUCAUUAAGAUAGACUAACUAUUUUAAUUCAUAUUUCCAGUUGGAAGGCGAACUCAAUCUUGCCCCAGGCUUCCCCGUUCCAAGCAACAGUGAUUACAAAGGCUAUCAUGCAUAUAUCGACGACGUUUUACCACCAGAAAGUCCGUAUCUCUACGGCUUACACCCGAAUGCUGAGAUUGGCUUCCUGACCGCGACCUCAGAUAACCUCUUUAAGACUGUGCUUGAGAUGCAACCACGUGACGCAGGUGGUGGAGAAGGUGGCGGAGGUACACGUGAGGAGAAGGUGGGUUAUUUGGGGGUAUGAUAAAUAUGUCGUCAGUAUAUACAAUUCAUAUAAUUUUUGUGUUAUUACAAAAUUAAAAUCUAUCUUACUUUUAAAUGUUUGAGGUAAUCAAAAUCUGUUAUCAGACUAACUUAAGUUUUGGAAUUCAAGGCAGCACCACUGCUCUAGUUCAAAGUACCAAAAGUCCAACAUUAAUAAUUCAUUUAGUUUGAUACUUAGAUUGAAAAAAACAAAUUCGUAAUUUUGCUGUAAAGGAAAACCUUGCUGGAUCCAGCACUGGAAACAUUAUCGCUCUGUAGCAAAUCCAAUGGCCAAAUUUUACAAAAACCUGGCAUUUUCGUAGCAGUGUAAACAAGAGCCGAAACUUUCUGCAAAAACUCUCAUACAGACUCUCGCUUCUCAACUCUCUCAUUAGACAAAUUUAGAUCGAGGACGCAGACGUCAAAGACGACGUAAAAAUGGCGUGUUGUGUCCAUGUAUGGAUAUGCCACACCAUUUUGACGCCAUUUUCACGUCGUCUUUGACGUCCGCGUCCUCGAUCUAAAUCUGCCUAUUCUCGUUUGACAACGACUUAAAUAACAGUAGACAUUAUUCUGAUGAUAGUUCUAAUUCUAACAGGUUUCUCGGACACUUUAUAUACUUGUACGAGAGCGAGUAACGGUCGCAACCUGGAUGCAAACAAUUUAGAUAAUAUAUUGUACACGCGAAAAAAUUGAGAAAAUGAUAUCAACAGGUGUGAACAAGGUUGUGCGGCCCACUAUGAACAGUAUUGUCAACAUGUUGUCACAGCAUUAUUCAACUGUAACAACUUGGAACAACAUGGUUGACAACUUGUUCAUAGUUGGAUAGAUAGAUAGAUAGAUAGAUAGACAGACAGACAAGGAUAGGAUAGGAUAGGAUAGGAUUGUUUAAUAAGAUUAACACAUAGCAUGGCAUAAGGCUGAAUUGCGUGCCAAAUUUUACAAGAGAAAUUAUUAAAAUAAGUUAAUUCUAUAUUUACAGAAGUUUAAGACGCACAACAUUGUUCACGCCUGUCGAUAUCAACUUGGAACAACCUGUGCGUUAAAAACGCCGUGUAGUCUUUUAACCUGAUGGUGAAAUAAAUUCCGAAACGUCUUUUUUAUUAAAAAAAAUGUUAAGCCUUGUUCUUGGUCAUUAUAAUAACACAAAAAAGUCUAUUAAUACAAGGAGGGUAAGAGAAAGUUCGAUGCUAAAUAUUUUGAGUUCAUAUAAUUGUGUUAGGUGAAACAAGUUCUUGACGAGAUCUUGGAGAAACUGCCAGAUGAUUUCAACGUACAAGAAAUGAUGGCGCGUUGCGAAGAUCGUAAUCCCUACGUUGUCGUGGCUUUCCAGGAAUGUGAACGUAUGAGUAUGUUGACCAGUGAAAUGAGACGAAGUUUGAGAGAGUUAGAUCUUGGUUUGAAGGUAUGUUGUACAAUGUAGUUUUGUUACAACUGAUCAGAUAUAAGCCGGUUACAGAUGAGCAAGUUUUCUAUGACAAGUUUUCAUAUGACAAGUUUUAUUUACUGGUGUGAACGUGUCAACAAGUUUAAUUGUUUACAAGUUUACAAAUUUACUUGCCAAUCACAUCAAAUGCUCAGAUUACUUUGACAAGUUUUCUUUGUUGACCCAUACAGACGAACAAAAUUUGUACUUUGACAAUUUUUUCUAUGACAAGUGCACUUGUUCAAAAGCUAGCAUGCUAGCUUUUGAACAAGUGCACUUGUCAUAGAAAAAAAUGUAAAAGUUGCGCGUACAGACGAGCAAAUAAAACUUGUCACAUAAAAACUUGUCAUAGAAAACUUGCUCGUCUGUAACCGGCUAUAUGGUAGUAAUCUUUCAUAUAGAAGCGCCAUUAUUUAUGAUUUAGCACUGAAGAGAAAAUAUUUUUCUUGGUAAAAAUUUUGCUGAUCCUGAACCAUUAAAAAGUAAGAAAAAUUUUACCCAACCUCAAAUAUCAAUUAAAAAAUAAAUACAGUAAAACCCUAUGUGUCGCCUAGGGUGAACUGACAAUCACGGCUGAUAUGGAAGACCUUUCAAAUGCUUUAUUCUUUGAUCACGUGCCCGGCUCGUGGGAGCGGCGUGCCUACCCCUCCAUGGCCACCCUUGCAGCCUGGUUCUCAGACCUCUUGCUGCGCAUCAAAGAGCUCGAGAGUUGGACUUCGGAUUUCUGCCUCCCCAAUGUCGUUUGGCUUUCGGGCUUUUUCAACCCACAGUCAUUCUUGACCGCAAUCGAGCAAUCGAUGGCGCGCAAAAACGAAUGGCCUUUGGACAAGAUGACGUUAUCUGUUGAUGUCACCAAGAAGAACAAAGAGGACUUUAAUAGCCCCCCUCGCGAGGGGGCGUACGUUCAUGGCUUGUUCAUGGAGGGAGCUCGGUGGGACACACAGACAGGUAUGAUUGCAGACUCCAGGCUUAAAGAACUCACACCAAACAUGCCUGUGGUAUUUAUUAAGGCCAUUCCAGUUGAUAAGCAGGAGACGAAGAAUGUGUACGAAUGCCCUGUGUAUAAAACACGACAACGUGGUCCUACGUACGUGUGGAAUUUCUUCCUGAAGACCAAAGAAAACCCUGCAAAAUGGACCCUCGCUGGAGUUGCGUUGCUCUUGAGCGCUUGAGAGUUUUAAAAUAUCCAAAAUACCAAAAAAAAAAAUUCAGAAUUUUUUUCAAUAUUUCCAUAGCAUUGUUGUGAAAGUUUGUAGAGUAAUUGUAAAAAAGUUGAUUGCCCAUACAUUGUAUAAAUGAAUAUUUUUAUCUUAAGGCUUAAAGAAAAGCCUUUGUUAACUUAUUUUUUAUCGCAACGUAAUAUAGUGACAGUUUUUGUCUAAAGAAAAAAGUGUGUAAUAUAUAAUUGAGAUGGUGUAUUUAUUAAACAGAUUUUAAC